AGCCAAAAUUAUGCUAGUAGGCGGGAAAUACAAUUUGGCCUGGUUACUAAAACCAAUAUGGCGGAUGGCAAGUGGAACCUCUAUAAUGGGGACAAUUUCGAUGAUUUGGAGGACGAAGAUGAAUCCAACGAUUGGGCUGAAACGUUUAUUGGGGGAGAAAAUCAUUUGAUAAAUUAUGACAACGAUCCUUCAGAGAAAAAUACACAAACGGAGAAGAAUUUGAGGAAUGAAAAUCUCCAGCGAGGUAAAGAAGAUGUUUACGAGAACGACAACAAAGAAAAAAGCCUCUCCAGGAUGGAGCUUAAUGAUCAUAAGGCAGGCAUGGUAGGUUUAGAUAAACAAAAAAUUAACCAGAUCAUAUUUGAAGCGAGUAGAGGCUCCAAGUUCUAUGAAAAUGAAUUAAAGAAAGAAAAGCAAGUGGCUGAACGGAUCGCUAAACAGAGCACGUCCCUUGGGAAACUCACCCAGCCGCAAAGAAAAGAGGCUUUACAGGCCAUCAACCUUAUUGUGGAAGAGUUGGAGAAGAAGCGUGAUUUAAGCCGUACCUUUGUUCAUAUCGAUAUGGACGCUUUUUAUGCUGCAGUGGAAAUCUUGGACAAUCCUGAAUUGCGUGACAAACCUAUGGCUGUGGGUGGUAACUCGAUGUUGUCUACGUCAAACUAUCCAGCUAGACGUUAUGGCGUAAGGGCAGCCAUGCCAGGGUUUAUCGCCAAGAAAUUGUGUCCUGAACUUAUCAUCGUUCCACCACACUAUGAAACAUACAAGGAAUACAGCCGCCAGGUGCAAGAUAUUUUAGCGGAGUAUGACCCUAAUUUUGUGAUGGCAAGUUUAGAUGAAGCAUACUUGGAUCUCACAGAGCAUCUCAGUGAGAGACACAAAUGUCAAGAAAAGAGGAGGUUCUUGACAUCUAAAUACCAGACUAUUGGAAAGGUAAAGAACGAAGUGCAUCCAGACCCUAAACAGAUGGAGGGAGAAAUUGUUGAGUUUGGUACUGAUGCGGAAGAAGCUGUCAGGGAGCUGCGUUUUCGAAUUGAGCAGAAGACAAGACUAACAGCUAGCGCAGGAAUAGCACCAAAUGCCAUGCUAGCAAAGAUCUGCUCAGAUCGUAACAAGCCCAACGGACAGUUUUAUUUAAAACCAAGUCGUGGUGAUAUCAUGGAAUUUAUGCGCAGCCUUCCAAUCAGAAAAGUGAGUGGAAUUGGGCGAGUCAGUGAACAGAUGUUGAAAGCUCUUGGAAUUGAGACAUGCGAAGAUUUAUACACUAAACGAGACUUGCUCUAUCUUCUACAUUCACCAAUCAGCUUCAAAUUCUUGAUAGAAGUUUCUCUUGGUUUGGGACCUACCUCACUUGCGACAGAAUCGAAAAGGAAAAGUAUAGGAACAGAAGAAACCUUUUCAGAGAUUAGCAAACCCACUGAGCUACUGGAUAUGUGUGACAAGCUUUGUCAAUCAGUGGCACAAGAUAUAAAAAAGCAAAAACUUAAAGGAAAGACUGUCACGAUAAAGCUUAAAACAGUGACCUUUGAAAUAAAAUCUCGGUCUUCAUCCACUGUUUAUCCCGUUUCGACGUACGAGGAAAUUUCAUUAGUUGCAAAAGAGCUUCUGAAACAUGAAAUGAGUGCGUGUUUUCCUGAUCAUCUGAAGCUGCGCCUCAUGGGAGUCCGUUUAUCAAAUCUUGAGGAUACAAGCGCAAACUCGUCAAAAGAAGCAAAGCAGAACACAAUAACAGGUUUUUUGAAACAAAAGCAAAAUGUAAGGUCCCAGGGAAUGCCAGUUUCUUUCCCAACCGCCCAACAAUUGAACUCAGGAGAACAUUCUGGCCUUACUUCACCGAGUCAAUGCUGUCCAAAAGAAGGUGACGUCAUGACAGGAGCGUACGCUUGUCAGAUGACUGACCAGCUUGGUUCCUGCCCUAUUUCUUUCUCAUCUGAAGGUAUUGCUUUAAAUUCAAUUUCAGAGGAAUCAUCGUCACUAUCUGGUUCUGCCUCAACUUCAGGUUCCAUUUUCUUGAGUGAAUAUUCUGAUAAUACAAAUCAUUCUACUGUGUUUUGUCCUGUAUGCCAACAAGAACAAAAGUUUAAGAGUGGUGAAGACGUUAUCACUGAACUUAACAGACACAUAGACUUGUGCCUUAAUAAGGCCACUAUAAAGGAAAUAGCGUCAGAGAAAAAUCCAGGACGAUCAUUAAAAGAUGAUAACGUUGUGUGUAGUUCUAGAAGUGGCUCUGGUGUGGAUAGGGGAACCUCCAGAGGAAAAAGAAAAAGACAGCAGUCAGCAGCAACCUCCCAGAAAGCUACGUUGCUUACUUUUUGGUCAAAAUCAUGAAAAAUUCCAAAAUAUGGCUAAUUUACCAAAGAAAUAGACUUAUGAAUAACCUUUGUACUUGAUAUGCAUUUAGGUAGUUCCCCCUUUGGAUGGGAAAUAAGUUAAAAUUUAUAUUACGGCAUUUUGUGGUCACAAGUCGGUUUUUUAACAAAUAUUUAGCAUUAUAAGUAAAACGUGAAUGGCAAAUACAAGGAUAAAGUUGAUUUAGUAAGAAGGGGUUCAAUUCAGAAUAUCGAAUACCUCAGUCACCGUAAAGUCUCGAUUCUAUUGAAGAUCAUGUGGCGCUGAACAAAAUUUCAAAUCUCUCGGACGAUUAAAUUAAAGCCCAAUUUUAGUUGCGUGCGCAAAAUAGGAAUUGAGUUCGGCGCCGAUCGAUUCGAAGCUUUAACAUCCCCCUUUCCGGGCAAUCUACAGGCAUUUUACCGUUGUCUGUACCUGGGGUGUUGGGAAUUUUAACCUUGCCUGGCUAGGGUGGGAGUGAUUAGCUCAAAAGAAGAGGUCUUCAUGGUCUAGGUUCUUAGGAAAGGGGAACAAUUUCAACAAACCAAUUUUCAAAAGUUCAAAUAUCCGGGGGGUUGUCCAAGGGGAUGCAGAGGCUGAGAAUUAACCGACUCAUAUCUGAUAUCCGGUGAGAAAAAAUGAAUAUCAGCCAAUUCGCCGAUCCUUUGGAGUCAGUUGUCAAGAUUGGACGCGUAUGAACUGUGUCAUUGCUGCACUUAACAAGUACUUAGAAGAGUAACCCUAGGUGUGAAAGUGUAGAUUGUGUCGAACAGAUAAAGGAUGUGAUAGGCAACUGAGUUGCCACAUAUUA